AUGAGGAUUGCGGCUAAGCAAAUGCAGAGUGUGGAAAAUGAGGAAUGUGGAAGAAAAUGCAGAGUGUGGAAAAAGUAAGACUGAGGUAGAAAAUGCAAAGUGCGGAAAAUGAAGAAUGUGGUAUAAAAUGAGGAGUUUGGGAGAAAAUUGUCGAUCAGAGUGUUGAAAAUUCAGAGUGCGAUAGAAAAUAGAAACUAAGAGUGUGGAAAAUGAGGAGUGUGGUAAAUGAGAAAUGCGGUAGAAAAUGCAGGGUGAAAAACGCGGAAAUUGCGAAGAGUGGAAAACGAGGAAUA